AUGGCCCUAAAAAGAAUUAAUAAGGAAUUGGCUGAUCUAACUAAGGAUCCUCCUACCAAUUGCUCUGCUGGGCCUGUCGGAGAUGACAUGUUUCAUUGGCAAGCAACCAUCAUGGGUCCUCACAAUAGUCUAUACCAAAACGGAAUAUACUUCUUGAACAUACACUUCCCAAGUGACUACCCGUUCAAGCCACCUAAGGUGAUGUUUACGACAAAAGUCUACCACCCUAAUAUCAAUAAUAACGGAGCUAUAUGCUUGGACAUAUUGAAGGAUCAAUGGAGCCCAGCACUAACAAUAUCAAAAGUCCUAUUGUCCAUAUCGUCCCUUCUAACUGAUCCUAAUCCAGAUGACCCCCUAGUCCCAGAGAUUGCACAGCUCUACAAACAAAAUAGAAGUUUAUACGAAUCCACCGUAAGGGAUUGGGUUCAGAAAUAUGCUUCAUAA